AUGAUCAGACCACAACAUCCUCUGAAAUGUCCUUCUCAUCAUCACAGCAUCCACAUCCACACCAACAACACCAAAACACUCCUCCAACAUUUCCAACCCGAAUCCGAAGAAGGAAUUCCUCAUCAGAAAUUCCUCUCGUUCAAAAAAGCUUCUAAAUUCACCCUCUCUCGACCUCCUCUUCCUCAACAACAACAACAACAACAACAACAACACUUCCAUCUUUCAUCCCAGCAACAUGUUGCUCCAUCCAACUCUUGCUCAUUCUCAAAGAAAACAACAACAAGCUCCAAUGAGGACCUCUCCAAUAACAAGAACAACACGACUACGACUACGACCAACAACCACAAGAAUAACCACAACAACAACAACAACACUAAGAACACGGAAUCCCCAACAAACAACAAUUUGUCCACUCCAAAUAGCAAAAAGAACAUUCCCAUUGGUAGAAGCAACACGAUCAUUGAACUGUUGAAACAAGAGGAGGAGCGACUGACACAACUCAACAAUUGUGAACUAGAUCCAGAAGAAAAGAAAAAAUCCAUGUUUGACAAACGACGAUCCAGAGCCAUCUUUCGAAGCAAUGCUGAGAAUCCAAGUGAGACAUUUGACUUUUCACAACUUGAUCAACACUUUAGGGCAAUUUCUCAGUCAACUUCAACAAGUUGUGGCAUUCCAGACCAACAAGUGGCAGCAAAUGCCUCCCGCUGUUAUCCAGUAAGGCAAGAGACUCUUCCUCCUCCAAACGACACCUCCGAUAUCAACACCCAAAAGUGUUCCAUAUCAGCAAAAAUUGAUCACACACAAGAAAAAAGAAUGGCCAACAUCAACAUUUCGAGUUUGUAUGACUCUCGUGACUAUGACAACGAGUUCUCCACCUCUUCGUCCUGCUACUCUCCAACAGUAGUCACCAUUGUGCAUCGUUCGAAUGGAAGCACUCAGCGUUCACCUCUCAUUCAACAAAAUGUUGAGAGAUUGGUACGGAGUGAUGCCUCAUACUCUUCACCAGGUUCUUCUGACUAUGCAGAAGGUGCUUCAGAUGUUGCCGUAGUGGAUGAUGAUGACGACGAAGAAGACUACGAUGAUCCAUUCCAUGACUUUGAGGAAUAUGAUGAUGAUGACGAAUGUGUAUAUGGUGAUUUCGAUGAAUAUGAUGACGAUUCGAAACCUACUUUCAUCAGGAGUGUGGUUUCACUCAAUGAUAGACCAUCGUCACCGCUCGUCAUGAUUCAGCAAAACGAACAAUUCGAGGACGAGGAAAGACUCUUUGAGAGAAGACGAAGGGUGAGCACAUUGAACAGUCCAGAGCAUAAAUUAUCCUUCUCUCGUUCCAGCUCUGGCUCAUGUUCUGCUCCCUCUGAGGAUACUUGCCGAAUCUUAUCAGAAAUUCAUUCCAAGCAAGAGUUAUCAGAAAUGAUCUCUCACUUGUCGCCGAACACAACAACAAGCAGUGCCAGUCUUUCCUCACUAAAUGCAACAGUGGCUCUGGUUUCGAGUCCAGGUAAAUCAUCAUCACGAGGAAGUGGAUCGCCUCUUCUAAUCAUGAGAAGACCUUCACAAAAAUCAAUCCAUGGAGGGAGACGAAAGUCAAAGGCAACUUCAUUCACUGUUACAUCCAUAAUGGCUGACGAGCAGCUUAAAGAAAUAUUCUUUCAAUUUCUUACUGAAAUUCACAACACAGAAUUGGUCACCUUUCUACAGGAAGAAGAAUCCUUUAGACUUGGAUGUAUCAAUGCUGUGGUCAAUGAUGUUCCAAGCUUGUUACUAGAGUACGAGACUGCUCUCCAAAAAGCAUCUAAAAUAUUCGAAAAAUACAUCAAGGUUGGAUCCAUUCAAGAAUUGAACUUGAGUGGUGAAACAAGAAACAUUAUGCAGCACAGAAUGGAAUCAUUAUUAACACCUCAUGAAAGAAAUAAGGGUGUGAAUGGACGACUUCAAUUAUCCGAGUGGAUUUCUCCAAAUAUUUUCGAAAUUGUGACCACAGAGGUGAACAUUAGUUUGAAGAAUCACAUUAUUCCUCUCUUUUUAGAAAGCUCUGCAUUUGAAAACUACCUUCUUAGAAAACAUAUCCAGGACAAUACAGUUUCUAAUCUGAGAGGAAAAAACAAGGUUCAACGAAUGCUUGGUUUUUACAUUCCAGAAAAUGCCAAGGAUAAUAUUGUUGUGAGUGGACCAACUGUAGCAAUUGGGGGAAAUGCAAUUAACAAACAACAACAGCCAUUGUUGUCACCAAACAAGCAGCCAAAUAUGUCAACCUCGUUCUCAUCAUCUUUGGAUACUUCUGGAAACAACAGUUCCAUGAAUGAACAUAAUUCUAAAAAGAAGAAAUCAUUUGCGGCUCUUUUUGCACAACACGGCUCACCAGUCAAUGCAUUCGAUGUGGAAAGUGAUUUCAACUUUGAUCCAUCGCUUGUCAACAAACCUCAACAAACCCAAACUCACUCUCAAUCUCUAAACAAAUUUAAGAAAUGGAUUUUAGGGAAAAAGUCACAUUCAAGUUCCACAACUACCACUACGACUGCUGCUGUUAUUGAUUCAAAUAAUUCCAAACUCAUUAUUGCCAACCCCACCCAUGCUCAACUCGCGUCUCUUUCCUCUCCUAAUUUGAAAACUCCUCUUAAUGAUACACAUGUAUCUCCAUCAAACAACAAGAAAUCAUCAACAACUCCCUCGCUACCACACAUUCCACCCAAUAUUAAUAUCACUCCAGAAAUUUCUUCUCUUCUUAAUGAUGGAAUUGUUUUUAUCAAGGUGCACACAAAAAGACGUGGAAAUAUCCGAAUUUUGGAAAUUAAUAUCGACAAAAUGUCCAUGCUGUCAGAGCAAGACAAGAAUUUAGCUCUCGAGCUCAAACAUGUGCUGCUUACACAUACUGAUGCACUCAAUCCAUUCGACAAGCUGCCACAUUUAAGAGAGUUCCUGCAGACAAAAAUUUCAGUUCAAGCACAGAAAAAUUGGGAAGAAAUCAAUGAAGACUGCAUCAUCAAGGUGAAGAGUCCUGCCUCCUCUAAUUUUUACAAAUUGUAA